UCACAUAACCUGUGAAAAUGGGACGGAGAUCUACAUCAUCCACCAAGAGUGGGAAAUUCAUGAACCCCACUGACCAGGCUCGAAAAGAAGCCCGGAAGAGGGAAUUAAAAAAGAAUAAGAAACAACGAAUGAAGGUACGAGCUGAGGUGAUAAAGAUGAAGGAUCCCAAACAGAUUAUCCAAGACAUGGAGAAAUUAGAUGAAAUGGAGUUCAAUCCAGUACAGCAGUCACAGCUAAAUGAGGUGCUAAAAGGUAAGCAAAAAAAGCUUCGUGAAACUUUUGAGCGUAUUCUCCGAUUCUAUGAAAAGGAAAAUCCAGAUAUCUACAGAGAACUUAGAAAAUUAGAGGUGGAAUAUGAGCAUAAGAGAGCCCAGCUCAGUCAAUAUUUGGAUGCAGUAAAGACUGCUCAGCAUAUUGAAUUGGAAAGCAUCCCAUUGCCAGAUAUGCCUUAUGCUCCUUCUAACAUCUUAAUUCAAGACAUCCCAUUGCCUGGUGCACAGCCACCCUCUAUUCUCAAAAAAACCUCUGCUUAUGGGCCUCCCACCAGGGCAAAUUCCCUACUUCCUCUUCUUGGACAUGGUGUUCCUUGUUUGCCUCCUGGCAGAAAGCCUCCUGGCCCACCUCCUGGGCCACCUCCUCUCCAGGUUCUGCAGCUGUAUGGUUGUAAAGUGGGCUUUGCCCUAGAAUUUACCUCUCAUUGGACAGAGGACGACAUUUUAUAUAGUGAGGACCUCGCUAGACGAAGUCAUGAUGACGAUGAUGCUUCCUGUGAAGAUGGUUAUCCUGAAGACAUGGAUCAAAAUAAUCGUGAUGACAGUGACACUGAUGGAGAGGAGUUCAUCCAUUGUGAUGUUGAAGAGAGAGGGACCAAUGAGGACCAAAAGUCAGGUCUGAGUGUACGAUUUGCUGAUGUUCCUGGAAAAUCAGGAAAGAAAAAGAAAAACAUGAAGGAAUUCACACCUAUUCAAGCUAUGAUGCUUAGAAUGGCAGGUCAUGAAAUUCCUGAAGAGGGGCAAGAAGUGGAAGAAUUUUCAGAGGAGGAGGCAGAGAAGGAUUCAGAAGACUCUGAGUCAGAGGAUACAAUGCAGCAGCAGCACAAAGAAGACUCUCUUCCUGAUGGGGCAGUAUUGUCUCCAAUUUCUCAACAAAGGCAGCCACCUCCACAGUCUGUUCCUCCUGCUCAAAUACGGGCUCCUCCCAUUUCAGGACCAUCCCAUUUUAGCCCACCACCUGCUCCACGCAGUGGCAUUCCUCCAGGUCCACUUCCAGGAGCUCUUCCAUUUUCAACAUCACCUGGAAUGCCUUUACCCUGGCUUCUACCUCCUGGUCCUCCUCCAGGAGGACCACCACUGAGGUUCUCUCUCCCAGCAACUCCAGGCAUCCCUUCACUACUUCCUGGUAUAAUGCAACCACCUUUGGUGCCUCCACAUGGACCUGCUCCAUCUGGUAUUUUCCCAGCUCCCUUGCCAAAACCAGUGGUUUUUCAUGCCCCACCCAAUUUGGUUCAGAGAUCCAAAGUGGAUGAUACCAGGGCAGACACUAUUGACAAGAAAGCUACAAAAACCAUCAGUGCCAAACCACAAAUCACUAAUCCCAAGGCAGAAAUUACCAAAUUUGUGCCCACUGCACUGAGAGUUCAACGAAAGAACAAGGGAGCUACUGCUGCUCCCCAAAGAAAGUCAGAAGAUUCUACUAUACCACUUGCCAAAGCAGUUCCCAAAUCUGUCUCCUCUGCUCCUGUUUCUGUACAAACCAACGAUGCUGUAUAUGAAGCCUUCAUGAAAGAGAUGGAGGGGCUACUGUGA